GAGAAAUUUCGUUUUACUUUGUGGGAUACCACAGCAUAUCUGACGUAGCAAUCUUGUUGAAACCAAGGAACAGUUGUGGAUUUUCAUCCCUUGUUAUUGUAUAUUUCUGAACAAAUAACGCAAUCCAUAGGUCACCUUCCAAAAUUCAACACCUUUCCUACAUAGUUUGGCACGAAGUGGCUACUUGCUGCAUCCAAGAAUCAACCCUUCGGAUUUCCCGAUUUUCUCUAGACAAAAUGUCCAUAACUGCCAUAAAAACUCUACCUCAAACAUUUGUCUGUCAAUGCUCUUUCGAUUGGCUUUGGGUAUUCUUGAACUAGUGAGCAUAUAUCAUCAUCAUCAUCAUCAUCACGUAUUUCUUUAGAAAUCAAGAAAAUGAACGACUCAUCUUGGUUUACAAUUCUCAAGACUUCACAUAAAAACAAGGGAUUGGAGGCUGAAAACCCAAUGAUUGGAAUCUUAUCAUUCGAAGUCUCAAGAUUGAUGUGUAAAGUAGCAAAUUUAUGGCACUGCCUAACUGACAGACACGUGUCAAGACUAAAAGAAGAACUCAGAUAUUCACUUGGCAUCCGUACACUUAUUUCAGAUGAUCAUUCUUACCUUAUCGAUCUUGCCCUAUCAGAAAUCAUUGAUAACUUAAAGGGUGUAUCAAUCUCAGUGGCUAGGCUUGGAAAGAAGUGUGUGGACCCCAUGUAUCAUAAUCUUGACCAUGUUUUCCACAACCCAUUUGAGAUUAAUCUCAAAUGGUGUGGAUGGGAAUAUAGGUUGAAGAAAAUGGAGAAAAGGGUUAAAAAGAUGAAGAAAUUUGCUAAUGUUAUGUCACAGUUGCAUGAAGAACUUGAAAUAUUGUCUGAUUUAGAAACCAGACUAAAAAAAAUGCAGUCAAACGGUGUCAAUCAAAGUCAACUUCUUGAGUUCCACCAGAAGGUGAUGUGGCAACGUGAGGAAGUAAAUGGGUUACGUGACAUGUCACCAUGGGUUCGGACCUUUGACUAUAUUGUCCGACUAUUGCUUAGAUCUCUUUUCACAAUAGUCGAAAGGAUCAAGGUCGUUUUCGGAAUUACAACCGAAAUGGGAAGAGAUGGUUGUUUUGUUCGCAAGUAUUCCAUUUCUACCCUUGCAGGAGCUUCGGUCUACCCAUCUGAAACUUCUUCAAGUAGAUCCAUGUCAAAUCUUAGACAUACACCAAAUCCUCAAACUUGUUACUCUCCUAUCAUCUGUGCAAGAUACCCAUCAAUUAAAUCACAAAAACCGGCUCAUAUUGGAUGCACGACGUCAAGAAGUUAUAACCCUAAUUCCAUCAGGGUCAAAGGUAUUUUUCAAAAUGACGCUUUUGACCCAAUCAAGAAAGCUAAAAGAUUGUUGAAAGGUCAAGAACCGACCCUUGGUGACAAUGCUUUAGCUUUACGUUAUGCAAAUAUUAUCAUAUUUAUUGAGAAUUUAGCGAUGUCUCCUCGUUAUUUGAGACCCGAUGCAAGAGAAGACUUGUAUGAUAUGUUGACCACAGAUUGGAGAUCAUCAUUGAAAAGGAUUCUUGAUUGGUUAUCUCCACUUGCUCAUAACAUGAUAAAAUGGUAUUCUGAGAGAAAUUUUGAGAAGCAACCUAUGGGUUCAAAGGGACAAGUGCUUCUUGUUCAGACAUUACAUUAUGCAGAUCAAGCAACAAGUGAAAUUGCAAUUACAGAACUUCUUGUGGGGCUUCAUCAUGUUUGGAGGUUUAGUCAAGAAAUCAUUGACAAAUCAUUAAUGGGGUCUGCAUGAUGAGCAUAAAACCUGUUUACUCUCUUUUCUUCUUGUAGUUUGAUAUAUUUCUUUUUGUAGAAACAAAUGUGGGUAAUUACUCAUUAUAUCUCAUUAUUACCAUAGUCGCUCUUCUUGAAAGAGUAAGCUGGUGAGUUUGAGGAUAAAAUGGGUGGUUCCCAUGUACUUAUAAAUGCAGGUUUAUGUUAUUUUCCUUGUAAAUAAUGUUCAUAAUGUAAGAUAUUUGUGGUUUCUUGGGAUGUCUUUGUAUUAUCCAAUACUUGAAGUACAACAUAAAUAAAAACAUGAUUCCAAAAUUCAUUAGAAUUUACUUAAGUAAACUUUAGAGUGACCCAC